UUUGUUGGGCGGGGUUAGUCUUAUCUGGCUGUACUUCGCCUUACUAGAAUUUUACUUUCGUUUCGAGUUGUUGCGCAGUUUUUGUCAUCGUUUUUAUACGGAGAGAAGCACCUUCUUCUGCCAGAGACUGUCUUAAAACAAAGAAUCAUGAAGGAGUUGGUUUUCCUCGUCGUUGUUCUCUUCACAUCUUACGCUGUUAUGGCUAAGACAGUAUCACCAAAGGUGCAGAUCUACAGUCGCAACCCUGGGCUGUACAAGAGCAGAAACGUCCUCAUCUGCCACGUCAGCGGCUUCCACCCACCAGAGAUCAAAAUCGACUUGCUGAAGAAUGGACAGGAAAUAGCUGAUGUCAAGCAGACUGACCUGGCCUUUGAGGACAACUGGCACUACCACCUCACCAAGCACGCAAACUUCACUCCAGUGGAAGGAGAGAGCUACAUGUGCAGAGUGACACAUGUGGGAACGACAACACUCCACGAAUGGGAUGCUGAUGUGUAAGAUGUACACACUGUGUUACUCUAGGUGUCUUCUGCUCGUAAAGGAUGAAGUUUGGAGUUUCUCUGUAAUGUUAAAUUUGUGUGAAUUGUGGCUCUCCCAGAAAGUAGACAAGAACUCAAAUUGGAAGUGUUUUUGAGCUUUCUUAAAAGCGGAAUAACGUUUGAACGUUUUGUUUUCCUUAUCUUGCCUCUGGUUAUUGUCUUGGGUCUGGUUACUGUCAACUUGUCUUUCUUUGAGUCAGCAUGGCAGCCAUAUGAACUGCAAGUUAGACUAAAUCUGAAAAAAAGUACUAAGCAAUCAAAUUAACAUUUACAUUUUAUCAUUUACCAUAUUAAUCACUGCAAUCUCCUUUCUGAUGGUGUGAGGUCAGAGCAGGCUAAAUCUGCGUUUUAUCUUAACUUUCAUGUUUUAUGCGUAAAUGUUCAAAGGUGAUUUAAAAAAAAUUCUGUUUAAUAAAACUGAAAUAAUGUAAAAGUGCCUAUUUCACUGGAUUUUUUGCAUAUGUGAUUUAGACAUAAAAUAAAAUUGGCUAAGAUGUUGUA